AUGAUUCAUGCAGAUCAAUAAUUGUAACUGCUAUCAUAAACCAUAUUAUAAAAUCAAAAAUAUCAAUGUCUAUUACUUUAGCAAAUUUUAUAGAAGACACAGUUGUUGCUAAAUUCCCCACUGAAUUAAAAGACAUAUACUUCAUUAAAGAUUCCAUUAAUAAAACUCCUAAAGGGAAAAUUUAUUCUAAGUACUUCAAUACCAUCAAACAACUACAAAACCAUGGUCUAGUUGAUAAGAAAAUAUAUCAGUCAACAGAAACAAAUUUGCCUACAAACCGAUCAUCAUCAUCAUUUGAUAAAAUGAUAGAAAUUGAAGAUGUCAGUAUAUAUAUUUCACAAUUGCAUCAUGAAGUACUUACAUGGCCUGAAAUAGAAACAAUAUGGUUGAAAACAACUAAUUAUAGAUUAAAAAAUAUUAAAGAGGAGGAAAAUAUUUUUCUUCAUUGGAAGCACUUUAAAGAACCAAUGGGAUAUAGACUUGCAAAUGUACUGAAAGAAAAAAUAAAAGACCCUAGUUCAAAAAAACAAUUAGAUGAAAUGUUAAAAACUGCACACUUAACUGAAAGUAAAUAA